CAGCUAAACGGGUGAACGAAACGGCCCCAUUGUGAAUCAACUGAGUUUCAAUUCUCUAUUUUCAUUCCUCCCACGUUUCCUGUCUUCUCUUGUAUUCUCUCAAAUCGUUUCGGCAAUGGAGGAACUCCUGGCUGCGAUUCUCUCAGUGCUUCUCGUCAUCGCACUGAUUCCGCUCUAUCUUUGGAAACGCCGCCAAGACUCCCGAUCGCCUGAUCAUCAUCGCGAAGAACCUCAGGUCCCGAGAACAGAGACUGUGGUUCGCGCCACCGCCGCUCGGCGUAUGCGCCGGAGACCCGCUUCUGGAGCCAGCUCUUCGUCGGCGCCACCGCCUCAAGAAGAAGCUGUUGAUGAGAGUGAGGAUGAAGAGCCCUAUGAAGCUAGAGCAUCAACGAAAAAGGAAAAGAAACGGCAAGAGCGGGAAGCGCAAAGACAGGCUGAACAAGCUUCACGUGAGUCAAGGAAAACAAAACAAGACUAUUAUGUUGAAAAGAGGAGGCAGAAAGAUGAGGAGCGUGAGGCACUCGAGCGUAAGCUGGAAGAAGAAGCCCAGGCCCAAAAGGCCAAGGAAGAGGAAGCUGCUGCAUUGGAGUUUGAAAAGUGGAAAGGUGAAUUUUCUGUUGAUGUUGAAGGUACCACAGAAAAUGAAGUGCAAGAGGGAAGUCAAGAUAAGCUUUCUAAUUUUGUGGAGUACAUAAAGAAACACAAGUGUGUUCCUUUGGAAGAUCUUGCUGCGGAGUUCAAGUUAAGGACUCAGGAAUGUAUUAAUCGCAUCACCUCUUUGGAGAGUAUGGGGCGACUUUCUGGUGUAAUGGAUGACAGAGGAAAGUAUAUAUACAUCUCUCAAGAAGAAAUGCAAGCCGUUGCAGAUUAUAUUAAGCGUCAGGGCAGGGUUAGCAUUUCACAUCUUGCGAGUAAGUCUAACCAGUUCAUCGACUUGGAACCGAAAGCCCAGUUCGUCGAAGAAAUUGGUAGUGCAGAGGAGAUCAUCGUUUCUUGACUCUAUUGACUUGGCUAUUUUUCUGUUGUAUAUUGGAUAGGAAAUUUUACAAAAAUGAAAACGACCCUUAAUUUGCUA